AUGAUCCACCUAUUGCCGGUGAACCCGAUUCCACAGGGCCCGAUGAUUGGCUCACCUACGAGUCCAUCGAGUACCUCUAGCAGUACAAGUUCGUCUACCAUUCAGCCUCAAGUUUCCCCCAUUUAUCAACCCGGAUCUGCUCCUGGGUCGGCUUUUCGACGGCCAAUUCCUCAACGAUUGCAGCAACCGAUUUAUCCAGCAAUUCCCCUGCAAACAUGCGCCUAUCCGGCGAUCCAAACUACGAUGUUGGCCGUCGAAAAACCGCCAACGUUGGACAUGCUGGAUAAUUCUCAAUUUCAACUCUCGCAACUCAUCGCCGCCGCUCAUGCCUCGAAUAAAUCAAUCAAGGACAUACACUUCGUGCGCUACAACCCAGAAAUGCCGCAGAUUGUCACCUCAUUCAAGGGCUAUCAAAAACUCAUGUUCCGCGGUCAUCGAUACAAUAUCUAUCAAGUCCUCCCUGAGCGCAAUUUCAAAUCGUGGCGUUGCGUUUGUGCAAAGAAAAUGAGCGAAACGGGAUCAUGGUGCAAGUGCAGAGCCGAAACGACGAUGGAUGACAAAAAUGCGGUCACAAAAGGCGAACACAAUCAUCCGCCAAGACAUGUCACUGCUGAGCUUGAGUUCAUCAAGUCUCAACUCUACAUGGCCGCUCUGGAGAACCCACAAAUCGAUGUCGGUGAUCUGGUGAAUGAAGCAAGCAACUAUCUAUCUGAAGGAGUUCAUUUUGACAAUAAAGAGGGACUAAAGAAGAGCUUGAAUCUGGCCAGGAGUCGAGUGGGAAAGCCGAAGAAGCCAAGGAAUCGACAAAUGAUGGGAAGUGUCGGUCAGAAACGGAAACUCCCCGGCAGUGAUGAUGGUGAAUGCGAUGAAGAUGACUGGAGUGCUGGAGUGCCGAUGGGAAUGAGUGCACAGGAAACGGCGAUCAUUCACAAUGUUUUAAAUCUCAAGAUGCCAAAGCCCGAAAACCCAGUGAUGAGGUUGACAUCUCCACUCUUCGAGGCAACGAAUCCAUUGUCGAUGGUGAAAGUCGAGUCCCCAUUUCGACAGAAGCCACCGACGAUCGUUCCACCGCGAAAGCAACCCUCACCACAGACACAAUUCAUCCAUCAAGAGACUCCAUUGUUCCCAAACAAUAAUCCAAUCCUCGGCACUGAUGCAACUGCUUUGUACAUGAUGUACGCGCAGUUGGCCGCUACAAACAAAAUGGACACCGGAUUGGAUUGGCUUGCGGCUGUGCAACAAUUGAAUGCCCUAGCAAUGCAGAAAGAUCUCAAGCUUUUACAGGAGAUGAUGACACCGAAGAAUUCGCCGAAACAAACCCCAUUGAUGGCUGAAACAAUGCCAACAUCACCGUCCGUCGUUCACCACACUGUGGCCACACCAAGUCCGUCUGCUUCAACGACAAGCACGAGUUCAAUGGUGUCACGCGAGAUCUCAACGCAGACAGACGACGUGAUCGAGCUGGGCAAAUGCAUCUCGACGCCGGGUUGCGGUUGUCGAAUCGUGCGCGUGUGCUGUUGCCGCGAGGGCCAAUGCUCGAGUCGACCGACUCAGCUU